UGGAGAAGGAGCAGCAGCAGGCAGGCAGGCAGACACACAUGCAUCCGUCCAACUCGAGUGAGGAGGGCAGCUCUCAGUCACGCAUGUUCACACAUACCAUCACACAAUCAGCAGCAGCAGCAGCAUACACUGAACCUCGGUCGAUCAUUUCAGUGCGCAUACAAGCCCCGCAAAUCGCUUCGAUCAAUCAGCUCACACCCCUCGCAGCACCAACAUGGCCACCUCUGCAGCAACGGCAACCGCAACGGCAUCCUCGCCAGCAUCAGCAGCAGCAGCAGCAGGCGCUGCCGGUACCUCUGCCAACCCGCUCCAAGGUGGGGUGGUGCGCUCGGUGCUGAGCGGUGACACUGUGGUGGUGCGGCCGAAGGGCGUAGGUGUAGCUGUACCGAGCAGCGAGUCGCUAAUCCACAUUGCUGGCAUAGCAGCUCCUCGAAUGGGCAGUCGAGAGAGGGAGGAUGAGCCUCAGGCAUUCGCUUCCAGGGAAUAUCUGCGUCAACUCCUCGUCGGCAGGGAGAUCCGUUGGAGGCAGGAGUACACCGUUCCCGUCACGGGCGGCAACCCUCGCGUAUUCGCUCACGUCUUUUUACCCCCCGAAGCACCUGGAAAGCCGGACACCAACGUCUCCCACAAGGUCCUCGCGGCUGGUUAUGCAAAGGUGCACGAUAGCAAUACCAGGCGCAACACCAGCUCUACGCCCGAAGAGGAGGAGGAGGGAGGCUGGAAGUCCAUCCAGCGCAAAGUGCAAGAAGAGGCUCAAGCCAACGCGAAUGGGCUGUGGGGACCGGACGACCUCUUGCGCGUGGACUACAACAUGCCGGUGGACAGCGCGAGCUUUUUGGCAGAGUGGAAGGGCAAGGAGAUCGAUAGCGUGGUGGAGCAGGUGAGGGAUGGCAGCAUGAUCCGCGUGAGACUCUUUUUGGGUGCGCGUCAUCAUCAGAUCAUCAAUCUGAGCUUGGCUGGCGUCAAAGCUCCUCGCGUCACCGGAGGCGGUGGACCAGCUUCCAACAACGAUCCCAGCGAACCUUUUGGCGAGGAAUCCAAGUUCUUUGUCGAGUCGCGCUUGAUGCAGCGCAACGUCAAGAUUCAGCUACUCAGCAUGCCUGCACCCACCGCACCCACACCUUUUGCCGCCACCUCUUCCAGCGCUCCAGCUCAGCUGCAGACCGCAACGGUGCUCAUCGGUACAGCGCUACAUCCAGUCGGAGACAUUGCGCAAUUCUUGCUCUCCGCUGGUCUGGCCAGGGUGGUGGAUUGGCACAGCGGCAUGCUGCAAGGACGCAUCGAAGGGUACAGAAACGCCGAACGUUCAGCCAAGGAGAAGAGAGCGGGAAUGUGGAAGAAUUGGCAGCCAGCUUCGAGCCAAACGAAUGGUGCAGGCGCAGGUCACGCAGCUUCUGCAUCUUCCAACCCUUCGGCUGCGACGCUCCCGCGCAACUUUGACGCCGUCGUGACGCGCAUCGUCAGCGGAGAUACGGUCCAUGUCAAGCGCGACGAUGCCAAUGCGCAAGAGGAACGCAUCUACCUAUCGUCCAUUCGCCAGCCUCAGCCUAAAGAUGAGGCGCAGGCGGGCUACGCGCACGAGGCGCGCGAGUUUCUUCGAAAGCGUCUCAUCGGAAAGCCCGUCAGAGUCCAAAUCGACUACAUCAAGAGGGGAGACGGUCAAAAUGAGGAGCGUCGCUGCGCCACCAUCCUUACGACGACGGGAAGCAAAGAGACGAAAGGCGCAUCCGUCGGCGAGCUGCUGAUCCAGCGAGGAUUGGCCACCGUGAUGAGGCACCGCAGGGACGACGAGCAGCGAUCCCCAGAGUUUGACAAGCUGGUCUUGGCGGAGUCUGUCGCCGUUGCGGAAAAGAAGGGCAUGCACUCGGGCAAGAAGACCGAAGCUCCAAAGUACGUCGAUGCGUCGGAAAAUGCUGGCAAGGCCAACAGCUACCUCCUGGCGCUAAAGAGGGGAGCCAGACUGAACGCGAUCGUGGACUUUGUGGCUAGCGCAUCGAGAUUCAGGGUGCUCGUGCCUAGAGAAGGAGCGCGCAUCGUUCUGGUGCUAGCUGGCAUCAAGGCGCCGCGAACGGCUAGAGGACCUAGUGAGAAGGACGAAGCUUUUGGACGAGAGGCCUACGACUUGAGCACUAAGCUAGCCAAUCAGAGGGAUGUGGAGGUGUCAGUGGACAGCAUCGACAAGGCUGGAGGCUUUAUCGGAGCGCUGUACCUCAACAAGACCGACAAUCUCGCCGUUCUGCUCGUCCAGCAGGGACUGGCUAGCGUGCACGCUUAUUCUGCAGAGAAUUUGCCUUACGGCCCGCAACUGUUCGAAGCUGAGAAGAGGGCAAAAGCGAGCAAGCUGGGACUGUGGAAAGACUGGACUGGAGAGGCGGAAGAAGGCGCCUCUGCAAGCACCAAUGGAGUCCAUGGCUCCGCACCCACCCCCACCUCGUCCUCUGCUGGCUCUUUCAAAGGUUGGGGAGGAGCUGCUGCGGCACCCGUUCCGAGUGUCACGACGGCUCGAGACGAGUACGUGGAUGUGGUCAUCUCGGAUGUUCGGGGAGACGCGGGCAAAUCGCAGCCCUUUGCUUUUUCGGUGCAAGUGCUGGACAGCAACAUUCCGGCACUGGAGAGCAUGCAGAGGGCGCUGAACGCCGCUGCUCCAGCUCCUGCGCCUGCUGCCUUCGCACCGCGCUCGGGCGAACUGGUGCUAGCCAAGUUUUCGGGCGAUGGGGCGUGGUAUCGCGCGCAAGUGCUUCGUGCGCAUCCGGCAGCCAAGAAUGCAGAGACGGUCAUGAUAGACUACGGAUCGCUGGAUCUGGUACCUUUUGCCGACCUUCGACCGCUCGAUGCUGCAAAGUACGGCAAGGCCAAAUUGGCACCCAUGGCGCAGAAUGCGAGAUUGAGCUUUGUGAAAUUGUUCGAAGGUGCUCAGGCUAUCGGAAAGAGCGCAGAGGUGGACGAGUAUGCCCUCGAGGCGCUCGAUAGGUUCAGAGAGUACGAAGGAAGAAAGUUGAUCGCUAACAUCGACGUGAGAGAGACGGGCAAUAAUGCUUCUUUGCACCUUACACUGUAUGAUCCGGAGAGCGCGACGACCAGUCCGGAAGCUUGCAUCAAUGCUGAUCUGGUCCGAGAAGGCUGGGCAUUGCCAGACAAGAAGCUGGCCUACUGGAAGUCCAGACCGGCCAUGAUCAAAGCAGUGGAGGAUGCGUCUGCGGACGCUAGAAGGUUGCACAGAGGCAUCUUUGAGCUCGGAGACCCUACUGGCGACGACUAGACCUUCCUUCGCUUUGCCUCGAAGCUCCACACUCUCCGCGCCCCCUGCAUCCAUUUUUUUUUUACAAAGUGUUUGCCCAAAACCCCACCCCUCACUCUACGCAAACUCGUCAAAAUAAGGGCGCAGCUGCAUUCGCGCCGCAGCUGCAAGUCCACUUCAACACGCAUAAAGAACAAAAUGAUCUUGAAAUCUACACAACCAUCAAAGAGCAAAACGCAAUGCAUCUCAUCAGCACGCGAGCAUCUCCCGACUGCAUUCAAGAUUGGCGUGUGAUGCAACGUUCGAUGCGUGCGAUGUACGUGCGCGCGCAAACAUCUCGUCCUUGCCUGUGCUGAUUAUUCGCUCAAGUAGGUACUUUAGGGCAAGGGGGUCUUAAUGCCGGCCAUCGCCGGCGCCGGGCGACUUUGUCAAGGAG